AUGGACUUGGAGGCCAGUGAAGCAACAGACUUUAGUUCUGGAGGUCAUCAUCAUCUGGUUCGGAAAGCAGCAGAUAGUAACGUCCAGAUCAAGUCUGGUCAGUCCUCCACAUCUGCACCUUCUGAGCCACAAAAAACUCUCGGCAAUCCACAUCCAAAGACGAGAGAGCGAAAGGAUGUCUAUGUGGUACAAAUUUCAGAUGAGACCACCCCAGAUGAGAGCAAUAAUUUAGCCAGUCCAUUCUCAAAUGCAUCGAUCCGCAGAGCUUUCAUUAUAAAAGUGUUCCUGAUCCUGUCAGCUCAGUUGGUGGUCACUGGGGCAAUUGUCAGCGUGUUUCUUUUCUGGAAAGGUUUAAAAACUUGGGUGCUCAUGAAUGCUUGGUUCACCUAUGCAAUCUUGCCGGCAUUUUUUGUUGUACUGAUUGUACUUGCUUGCUGCGGGAAACUCCGCCGACAGGUGCCUGCGAAUUACAUUCUCCUGGGAUUAUUUACAGUUCUUCAAGGCCUGCUGCUCGGAGCCAUAUCAGUUUUCUACAAUGCCGAGGAGAUCUUAUGGGCAACAGCAGCAACCGCUCUGGUGACGUUAUCGCUCACUUUGUUCGCUCUUCAGACAAAAUGGGAUUUCACGAUGUUGAACGGAAUCCUGUUCGUUUCACUCUUCGUACUUCUUAUCUACGGAAUUCUCUUACUCUUCAUACGAUCAUAUUGGCUGCAUCUGUUAUAUGCUGGCCUUGGAACUAUAAUCUUCUCACUUUACUUGGUGAUGGAUGUACAGCUCAUGGUGGGAGGGCGCCACCAUCACUCUGACCUGGACCCUGAAGAGUAUGUUUUUGCUGCCCUGAACAUCUACUUGGACAUCAUCAACCUUUUCAUUUUUAUUUUGCAACUGAUUGGACUGGGACGGUAGUCAUGUGGCCAAGACUAGUUCAUGCUAAAAAGAGGGAAGGAGGGAUGCCUGUGA